UCGUUUGUUAUCUGGCGCGGCUCGGUGUUCAUCUUCAGUUCUCUCACAGCAGUUCAGUCAGUGUAACGUUACUGUUUGAGUAAUUGAAUUACUCCGGGAUAUUGUUUUAUUCUAACUCAGAGGGAGUGUCAACCACGUUAAAAAGAUUAUUGGAGACGCGAAUCGGACUCACAUCACUACUGUCCACCAUCAUGCAAAUUCGGGAAAAGCUUCACUGUAAUAUUUAAGCUGAAAUUUCUGCUUUAUUCCUCCAAUAACUGUCCGUUUAUCGUCAUGUAAAUUUGUCGAUCAUGCUCAAAAGUGUGUUGUCCGUAUGUUUCUUUAUACUGCUUUUGAAUGGAGCAUCUGUGCAGGACACAGUUCAGGGUUUCAUCGGAGAUUCUGCACUUUUGCCGUGCCAUCCUAAGAACGGGCAGCUUAAAGUCAUCACUGCACACUGGAGAUAUGACGACCACAAAAAUGUUUACGACAUAUUAGAUGGCCAAGGGAAGACGAAGGAGCAGGACGCAGAAUACAACGGCAGAACAGAAACAUUCCCUGCAGAGUACUCGAAAGGCAACUUCUCCCUCAGGCUUGGGAAUCUCCGGAAAAGUGAUGAAGGGUCGUACUGCUGCUUCAUGCCUGAGUCGAAUGAAAGCAAAUGCAUAAAUCUUCAAGUCACAGAAAAACCAAGAGAAAUCAAAGAGAAACACAACUCAAACGGUGGAGUUGAAACCACAGCCGGGAGGAUUGUAUCUCUGUUCGUUCCUCUCUUCUCUGCUGCUGUUCUGCUCUGUGUGUGAGUUCAUAACAGUGAGCCUUGACGUGAGGGAUAUUACUAUAUUCAACUUAUAUAGUAUAUCCUUGGUCAGAUUAUAGCCACUAAACUGUUUGCACUAGCUUUAAGCAUUUUAUUUAUUUAUUUAUUUAAAAUAAUUGUAUUAUUUACAUUUGUUUAAAUUUAUUUGACACUUUGAUUUGAUUUAAUUGUGUCUGUUGAAUUUUACUUGUUCAAGCACUGGUCUGUUAUGUUUACUCUGUUGUGUAAAAGUGUUCUGUAGCUCAAGUGGUAGAUCAUUGCGUUAUCAAGCGCAAGAGGGGUUCGAUUCCCCGGGAACACAUGAUAGGUAAAAACUGAUAGCCUGAAUGCACUGUAAGUCGCUUUGGAUAAAAGUGUCUGCUAAAUGCAUAAAUGUAAUUUAAUUGUAUUCAAAUUUUAAUUUAUGCAGCCUAAAUAGUGUGAAUACAUUUGGUCUGUUUGAAAAAAAAAAAAUGUUUGUAAAGUUCCUCUACUUAAGGAAGAACCUGACAUGUGUUCAAUCUGUGACAUUUAGGGGUGGGCUAAAUUAAAAUAGACGAUAUCUUAAUCAGUGAUGGGAAUAACGGCGUUAUAAAUAACGGCGUUAAUAACGGCAUUACUUUUUCCAGUAACGAGUAAUCUAAUUGAUUACUCUUCUCAUCUUAAUAACGCCGUUACCGUUACUGCCAAAAAAUGCGGCGCGUUACUAUAACUGAUGAUGAAGCUGUUUUUUUUGUUUGUUUGUUUUUUCAUCAGACCAACUAGAUCUCUGAGCGAGAGGCAAAUACUUUUUUUUACUGUUCUUCCUUGGUUAGUGGGCAGAGCACGAGACAAGCGCAUAAAUGCUGUCGAUUGGCUGAGGUAGAGUAAAAUUUCAUUGUAAGCCAAUCAGAGGUAGAGUUGGGCGGGUGUUCGAAAGCACGCAUAGUAGUGAUGGGAAUUCGGCUCUUUUGACUCAGCUCACUGAAAAGAACCGGCUCUUUGGCUCACAAACGGCUCUUUAAAUGACUUUGACUAUAAUAUUUCAAUUUUUAUUACAUAAUUAUUUCAUUUCUAUAGGCUAAAUUUGAAAAAAUAGAGUCGGCUCUUCAGAUAUGCGAGCCAGCUCCCGAAAUUCAACUAAAAGAGCCGGCUCUUAGAGUCGGCUCAUUCGCGAAUCGCGAACGACUCCUCAAAAGCUCAUUCGCGAACGAGUCGAUCCAUCAUCACUAACGCUCAUGAAUUGCGAACAACCCAUCAUAACGCAUAGUCGGACAGGACAGGACACACAAGGAACAACACAAGCCAGUCAGUCAACGAGAGACAGGUAUGGCAAGGAGCCCAAAUAAUCCAAAAGUAGCCUUCUCUAAAUGGAAGUAUAUACAAUACUUUUUCCUUCAAGAAAUUAAAGAAACAAUAAAAGGAAAUAUCAAAAGUUCCCAAAAAUCUAUCGUGUUAUUUGCAUUGAUCCACUAUAUAAACAUAAUAUCUACAUACAUGGCAUUUGAUUGGAGGCUAGUCUCACUUUGUCCCACAGCAAACAUUUUUUUUUAGAUGUGUGUACAAUGUUUCAUGUUUCUGUUAAUAAUGUAUUGUAUUAAUUGUCCAUUUCAUUAUAAUAUUCAGAUUUAUCAUAAAUAAUUGAACAUGCACAUGUAUUUUAAGUUCCUUUAAAGAGGGGUAGAGGUGGGGUCACAUUUGAGCAUUUCAAAUUAAAUUUUACUUGAAAGUAACGCAAUAGUUACUUUCUUAAGUAACUAGUUACUUUUAAAAUUUGUAACUGAGUAACUAAUUUAGUUACUUUUUGGAAGAAGUAACUAGUAACUGUAACUAAUUACUUUUUAAAAGUAACUUGCCCAACACUGAUCUUAAUACUAGACCUAUGUACUUCUAUGUGAUAUGCAUCUAUAGUGUAGGUGUUUUGUUAAUAUUACAUUAAUACAGGAAAUACAUGCAAAAGUUUGCAUCCAUCAGUUUACCACAUAGCAAACGGACUUGGCCCAAAUGUGGCCUCAAGGUGGCACUGCUGGCCUAAGGUCGGCAAUUGCAUGUACAUAAAACGCUCAUUGGCUCUUGUCGGUUUCAUCAGAGAUUGCAACGUGACUUGUUUCUGGUGAUGCAUGUUUUGAUUGAGAAACGCGCGCCUUGAGGGAGUGUAUCCUGAUAGUAUUUUCAGCGUAUAACAACUUAAAUUAUGUCCUGCUCCUCGCACUACUAUAUUCUGCCUGAGAGGACUGCAACUGCAAUGCAUCGUCAUUUGGGUUACUGUGUCACUGCUCUUUGUCACAUCUGUAAUAAAUUAUUAUGAUUAAGUUA